AUGCCUGUUGCAACAAGGCACAAUAAGAAAGGGAAAAAAGGAGGCGGCAUGGUUUUUCGCUUUUGCACAAAAGCUUCUUUGUACACGCUUCUAGUCUGGAUUGUAAAUUGCUCCAAUUCGAGCCAAUAUGGUGGUAAUUCGUACAAUGUGAUGAACAAUGGCCUCGGAAAAGCCGUGGAUUCAAGAACUCUGAGGUUAUUAGCAGAAGCUUACGAGGAAGCUAUAGAACAGGAUGGACCUAUAGUGUACGACGAGGAAGAUAUAGAACAAGAUGGACCUGUAGUAUACGACGAGGAAGCUAUUGAACAAGAUGGACCUGUAGUAUACGACGAGGAAGCUAUUGAACAAGAUGGACCUGUAGUACACGACGAGGAAGCUAUAGAACAGGAUGGACCUGUUGUACACAAUGAGGAAGCUAUAGAACAGGAUGGACCUGUUGUACACAAUGAGGAAGCUGUUGAACAAGAUGGAGAAAUUUCAGAAGUUGCAGAAGAAGAGCAAGUUCUGCAAAAAGCUCCUUCUGUAUCCUCAGUACAAGAACAAGUUAUGCAGAAAGCUCCUUCUGUAUCCUCAGUACAAGAACAAGUUAUGCAAAAAGCCCCUUCUCUAUCCUCAGUAGAAGAGGAAGUUGUACAGAAAGCUCCAAAGAAUUCAACGGAAGAAGAAAACAUUGAAUAUAACCCUGAGGAAUACGCAAAAAUACUAUCUGCAUAUAAAAAUCGAGAACAGAAGAUAAAAGAGUAUUAUAAAAAAAGGAGGUUAAAUUUUCAUGAAAAUUUUGAACCAACAAUAACGGCCAAUUUUGAUGAGGUAUUAAAAAGAUGUAUUGCAUCCAACACACGAGAACAAGGCAUGGAUGGAGAGACUUCAGCUGGUGCUUCAAAUCCAGGAGGAGAUGCGGACCCAAAUGGUGAAUUACAAGAAAAAAAGAAAGGAGCCGUGCAAACAGGAUAUUUGAGAAUGUAUCAAAACAAAUUUCGAAAUGUUCCAUUCAUUGAUGAUUUUAAAUUUAAUGAAGAACUAAAAGAACCAUACAUCGAAAGAAAAUACGGACGCCCAGAUCUAAGGUCUAGUCCAAAAAGACCAACUGCUUUAACAAGAAACGUAGAAAGAAAAAUAAAUAAACCAAAAGUACAAGAAGUAAAAGAGAAGAAAAAGAAAAGAAGAAGAUUCUGCUGUUUUUAA